CUCUGCUGUUCUUUUUCAACGACAUCACCGACGUGAAAACAACGAAAUACCAAGCACUCAACUAAGGCAUAAUUCAACCCUCUUUAUUAAACAUUGAAAGGGCUCUGUGACACUUCUUCAAGCUGUGCAUCGCAUCAACACAUCCAGCAUGGUCCAAUUCUCAGAAGAAACCAAGGAGCGUAUCUCCAAGGUUAUCGACAUCUCCAGAGUUGCCAUCCACUAUGGAUAUCUUCCUUUAAUAGUCUACCUUGGUUACACUUAUACCGAACCAAGACCCAGUUUGUUCAAACUUUUCUCGCCGCUCGCAUAAUAUGGUUUAAUGAAUCUCCCUGAUAUUGAAAAUUUUGGUAUGAUUGGUAUUGCGAAGGAGGGAAAGACGACAGUAUCUGGACAGAUUCAUUGACUGUGUGUGGUUCUUGACACCGCCGAUUUGUUUGGGUAUGGAUGGGUGCCAGCUUUGUAUAUUAGAUUGGAGUAUGAUUGAUGGUUUAUUGGGCCAUAAUAUUUAUGUAAUUCACCGAUCUUCAUUACUGCUUUGAAAUCGAUUACGCGUACCGUCGGUUUUAUAGAGUGUUACUUUGCUAAGUCUCUAGAUAUGCCAACAAUAUAAACAUAUCCUCUGAA